AUCAUUUUCCUUAACAUAUAGCAAACGAAUCUAACCUUUAUAUACUUCGUGGUUUAAUCGUAGUCUAGAAACAUAGCUUAAACGUGUAAUCCAAGGAAGAUACAAUAUUACUUAUUCAAUACGAAUAAAACGACUUGUCUUUAACAAAAUGAAACCAUUAAUGUUACAUGGACAUGAACGUGCUAUUACAAAAAUAAAAUAUAACAGAGAAGGUGAUUUGGUAUUCUCAGCUAGUAAAGAUAAAAAACCAAAUGUUUGGUAUUCUUUAAAUGGUGAACGUCUUGGAACAUUUAAUGGACACAAUGGAUCAGUAUGGUGUAUAGAUGUUAAUUGGGAUACCACUAGAUUUUUAUCAGGAAGUGGUGAUAAUACAUUAAGAGUAUGGGACUGCGAGACUGGUAAAGAAAUUGGACAAUUGCAAACUAAUAGUUCUGUAAGGACAUGCGGUUUCAGUUAUUCGUCAAAUCUUGCAGUUUAUUCUACCGACAAAGCAUUAGGUCAUCAAUGUGAAAUGUUCAUUAUGGAUAUUAGAAAUGUCGAUACUAAUAUGUCACAAGAACAUGCAAUUUCUAGAAUCUCUGUGCCUGGACCAAGAAUAUCUGCUAUUUUAUGGGGUGCUUUAGACGAAACCAUUAUUACAGGCCACGAAGAUGGUGAAAUUACCCUUUGGGACGUUAGAAUGGGAAAGAAGUUGACCAGUACGAAAGGUCAUAAAUCUCAAAUAAAUGAUAUGCAAUGUAACAAAGAUGGAACGAUAUUUGUUACUGCGUCGAAAGAUAAUAUGGCUAAAUUAUUUGACAGUGAGUCAUUGAUGUUAUUAAAAACUUAUAAAACGGAAAGGCCCGUCAAUUCGGCUACAAUAUCACCUAUUUUGGAUCAUGUAGUUUUAGGUGGUGGCCAAGAUGCCAUGGAUGUAACUACGACAUCAGCUAGGCAAGGAAAAUUUGAUUCGCGUUUUUUCCAUCUUGUAUUCGAAGAAGAAUUUGCAAGAUUGAAAGGUCACUUUGGUCCAAUUAAUUCUUUAGCCUUCCAUCCAAAUGGUAAGAGUUUAUCAACCGGUGGAGAAGAUGGAUAUAUUCGAAUUAAUACAUUUGAUCAAUCCUAUUUCGAUUUUCAUUUUGAAUAUUAAUUGGAUCAAUGAAAAG